AUGGAGGAUCCAGGUUCUUUUACUAUUCCAUGUGUUAUAGGAGAUAGGUAUAUUGGUAGAGCUUUAUGUGAUUUAGGCUCUAACAUUAAUUUGAUGCCUGCUUCUAUUUUUAAGCAAUUAGGAAUAAAAUCUGCACCCACAACAUUAACUCUCCAAUUAGCUGAUAGGUCUAUUGUAUACCCUGAAGGAAAAGUGAAAAAUAUUUUAGUAAAAGUGGAAAAAUUUAUUUUUCCAGCUGAGUUCAUUAUCCUUGAUUGUGAAGUUGAUGAAAAUAUUCCUAUUAUAGUAGGAAGACCAUUUGUAGGUACAAGGGGUGCAAUGAUAGAUGUUAAAAAAGGAGAGUUAACAAUGAGGGUAAAUGAUGACACUAUGACCUUUAGUGUUUUUAAAGCCAUGAAAUAUGUAGAUGAUGAUGUUGAUGAUUGUUCUGCUAUAUCU